AAGAGAGGCCGGGCUGCACUGGCCCCUUUUGGCCUCCUCCUUGCAUCGUCCUGAAGGAUGACGGACCAGCCAUAAUAACAUUCUCAACACACACACACACACACACACACACACAGCCCGCCCUUUUGUCAAGGAAGCGAGGGCGGGGAGGAGAGGAGCAAGAAAGGAAGGAAAUAAAUGGCCCUCUGUGCCAGUAAACGGAGGAGGAAGGAGGGAGAAGGCGACCCUUCCCCGCCCUUCAAGGCGAACUUCUUCCCUCAGCCUCCAGGCUGCAGAAUGGCACAAGCAUAUAAAACAGACUAUCACGGCAGAUAAUCCACAAAGUCUGCUUUGAACUGAGUUAUCUGAGUCAACACAGAUACAAUACAGUUCAAUGUGGAUUUUAUACAACUGUGAAGAAGGAGCCUUCAGAAGAUCUGCUGCUGCUGCUUCUCCUCCAAGGCGGUGGCUGUGCUGAAUCCUUCAGGAUGGAGACCCAUGUUUUCCGGCCAGAGUGCCUUUUCCUCUCUGUUCUGUGCGUAAAUGGAAUAAUGACAAUUGGAUUGACAGGUGCACAAGAAGUGAGCAUCUGCAAUGAAUCCCUCAUGUUACAAAACUUGCCUGAGUGUGGGAAAUACUUUGAAGAGAUGAUGCACAAGGUAGACUCCAAAAAAUGGUGCGAUAUAAAGGAAUUCGUCCUAACACUGGAAUCAAAAGCACUUUAAUGUAUGCUGGAAGACAUGUGUGCUGCAGUUCAUGAAAGAGUUAACUCAAAACUGCAAGUAAAAUUAUACAGAACUUUAAGGAUCUAAAUCAGGCAUGGGCAAACUUUGCCCCUCUAACAGCUGAUAAACUGGCUGGGAUUUCUGGGAGUUGAAGUCCAAAAUUAAACCUUCUUUGAAUUGCAUCCUCAUGUUUCCCUACUUUUAGCUGUGAAAUGUUGAAAAGUAUACAGUACCUUUCAACACCUGUGACUUUCAACUUUGGAAUAAUAAGAUUUUUCUCUGCUUCUUCUUUAUUCAUUCAGUCAUUUAAGACUCUUUGUGACCUCAUGGACCAGUCCACGCCAGAGCUCCCUGUUGGCCGUUGCUGCCCCCAGUUCCUUCAAGGUCAAGCCAGUCACUUCAAGGAUACCACCCAUCCAUCUCGCCCUUGGUCGGCCUCUCUUCCUUUUUCCUUCCAUUUUCCCCAGCAUCAUGAUCUUUUCCAAGCUUUCUUGUCUAGCUACCAGAAAAAAUCCAGGCACUGUUGUAAUUGAGAAGAGAUUCUAGGCUUUUUGGAGCAACUGCUGAAAGAGCUGCUAUAGGUCUCUUGGAGGCUGCUGAAUAGAUGUAGCUCCAUUUGUAGAUUGAAGUGCAAAGCCCAAGUGUUACGUUCAUGUGAAAAUGAUUGAAAGUUUGGUCUACAUUUAACAAUUUAAUCUAUUAAAUCACAGUAGCAUAUGCCCAUUGAACUGUAAGUGCAGUUUCUUUCCUCUGAUUGCACUUCCCUUCUGUUUGCAGUUUUACUAGCGCUGAUAAUGACUUCUUUUCAAGGAGUUCAUCACCCAAAUUCUUUCUUUGGAUUAAUGAAUGUCAAUAGCUUUCCUUUCGGUAAACAAUAAGCUGUCUUUGCAGAUUUUAAUUGCAUUAAAUGGAUGUGUCUCUCAAAAAAAAUCAGGGGGAAAAACAGUGGUUGGCUUUCAAUCCUCUGGACAAACUAAAUAACCCUACACUCACUUCUAUAAUGUCAUGACUCCUCAUUGCAGUCAUGUCAUUGUGGAACAAUUGAAAAUAUGUGUUUGUUGUGCAUGUACAGGGGCCAUUUUGGAGGGAUUCUUAAGGUGUAAUCAGGAAACAGUACAAUUGUUUCAAGUUCUUGGGAAGGGAGGAAAAAACUCUUUUCUCACUGGGUUAUGAGGAGACAAUUAUGAUUCAAGAUUCUGGGAGAAAUUGGUCUGUAAGCCUUUAUAUAGAUAAUUUUAGAGGGACCUUCCAGUCUUGACAAAAAUGUCUUGUGAUGGCAACUUUGCUGAUUGUUAACAAUAAAGUCCCUUUGAAAACAAAGAAACUCUCCAUGUAGCCACAGUUGUAUAGGGUUAGGGGCUGCUAUAUCCUCCUCCAAGCAAGUCAGUGACUUAGCAGACCUCAGCAGUCCCUUAGAACAUCCAGACAAAAACCAAAAUAACACUUCAAAGAAAAUAAAAGAAAGAAAAAAGAAGAGCAGGGUACAAAGCACCUUUUGCCCUGUCCUCAGACAAAUCAGAAAUAUGAUGGUAUGGAGAAUCCUGACUUUGGUAUAUAAUAAUGUAUUCUUGUGGAUCUUAUCUACAUUUGCCUUCGCUGCUCUGCGAAGUCCUAGUAUUAUUCUAAUAUCUUGGCUACAGUCUCCAUUUUGAUUUAUGGCUAAACUAUAAUGAGAGCCAUAAAUGUUUAAGUGUUGGACUAUGACUCUGGGGACCAGGGUUUGAAUCCCUGCCUGGACACGAAUACCUCCUGGGUGACCUUGGGCAAACCUCAGGGGGAGGGCAAAGGCAACCCUUCCAAGAAAACAGCCACAUUAGGGUUUCUAGAAGUUGGAAAUUGACGUUGAUAUAAUGUAAAUCAUAUGUAGUUAUUAAUUUUGUUUUUUCAGAAUUCAGCUGUAACUCUGCUUUUACAUUUUCUUCCUCAAUCUUCCCCAACAGGUGUUCCAUUUUUUAAGCAUUUUCUGCUAGUAGUGUGUCAUUUACACAUCUUCGACUGAUUUGUCAUUCCACCAGUUUUCUUGCCACCUUCUUCUGAGUCUAAUCUAGGGUUUUUGUACCAUGUUCAGGUUAUAUAAUUAAUUUGGAACAAACCACCAUAGAGCCUCCUCUCAAGUCCUCCUGGCAUGAGAAAAUGAUGUGCGAGGAGAUGGGGCGGGAGGGGGGGAAAGAGAUUUUCCUCAUCACCCCUCCCAUCUUCUCAGGUGUCAUUUUCUCAUGCCAGGAGGACUUGAUGGAAGCCUUAAUGGGGGCUGGGACCUUAUUGCAGCUGGGGACCUAAGUAAGUUUUAGGGGCUAAAUGGGGGUUGGGGGUGGCUUCAUGCCACUCUGAUUUGUCUCGGGGUGACAUGUACCUACCUCCUCUUGGGAAAAUUGGGUUUGGGUGGGUAGGUGUGGACUGGAACCCAUGCUGAACCGGGUUAUUUAAACCUGCUUCAGUGUGGGUUUUAGUCCUGUGUGAAAGGGCCCUAAGGUCAUUGAUGGGUUAUUCUAGGUUCACAUAUCUGCCAUCUACAAUCACUAUGAGCAAUAUAUGGUCAGUGAAUCAACUCAGAGAUGUGUUAGUUUUACUCCAUUUAAGGAAAUACUCUUUAAGCCAGCAGUCAAAUGUCGUAGCCCCAUUUAUGGAUAUCAGCACAAAAUAAUACAAGAGAUUAGAAUAACUUAGUCUAACUCAAGAACAGAGCCUAGUCCUUCUAUCAGGGUUGCAUUUGUCCAGUUGUUUCAAGUUGUUGCCUUAAUCAAAAACAUG